UGCGGAGUUUGCAGCGAUUAGAACUGUCAAAGUCAGUGAAAAUUGCAUCGAUUUUAGUGUUGUCGAGCAAGUUAAUGGAUUAUCUAAAGAGGCAAUGAGCUGAAACGGUGAUCGUUACUGUUCUAUGUCACUGUUAAACGGGGAUCGAUAACCUCGCUUGUUGACAGGGAUAAAAGAAACGGAUGCGACGCGAUCUCAAAGAUUGAGACACAUCAGCAAAACGUAGAUUAAUUUAUUACGUCCAUUCAGAAAACAUACGUCCACCCGUUGUUUCUCCCGUAUCAGUAACCGCGCGGAAAACAGUGAUGCAUGAAAAGUCUCGAUAUUACGAGGCACGUGUAUGUAUUGGAGUAAGAGCUACUCUGUGUGUAUGUGUGCCAGGUGCACUGUUGCAUCCCUCUGAUGAGCGCCAUGCACCGUUUAGACCAUAGCCAUAAUGUCAUCCCGAAGGCUACUUCUUAGUAAUUCACAAAGGGUUCAGUGUUCCGUGAAGUACAGCGCAUGGAUACUUUCCAGGCAAUACCUAGCACGUACCUUGCUAGAGAAGUAUUUGUGGUAGAUCCUCGGUGAAUCAAGAGCAUGGCUUCUGGCGCAUCUUCCUUGGAUAGUGCUGGAAGUAGUGAUGGGGCACUCAAUAUGGAAAGAGAUAGCGGAGGCUAUGGCAGUGUCGGAAGUCCCAUUGGUGGUCCUGAAUGUCGUAGCGAUUACGAAGGUUUGCAAGCUCAAUGCGAUCAAGCCAUGCAUCAGCUUCAGCUACUUAGGCAUAAGCACUCCGAUAAUAUAAGACGGUGUGAACAUACUAUGAAGGAAUUGGAAUACUACAGAGGACAACACAUACCAGUCAUGAAUCAGUUGGAGGCAACGGCGCAGGAGAGCACCGCACUGCGUGGGAAAUAUGGAGAUCUAGUAAACGAUAAGCAACGUCUUGACCGGGAGGUUCAAGCGUUGCAGAAGGAAGUGUCCGAAUUACGGUGUCAGAAUCAAGAAGUUCUUGUUUCCGAUGCUAGUAAUAGCGACACUAUGAAUCAACAUUAUUUAUCCGCACUUCGAAAGUAUGAAGCAGUUAAAGACGAGUACGAUGCUCUUAGGAAACGGUACGAUGAUUUAAUUUCAUCGCAUUCGUCGGCUGUUAACAAGUUGGAAUUAUCUCAAGAAGAAGCUGCUAGAUUAAAGAAACAGUACGACGAUGUUAUUCAAGAGCGUAAUAGUGCGGUUCGUGAACGCAAUGGUUUGAAACAACAAUGUACCGCUGCGAUCAGGCAAUGGGACAUCGCGUUAAGGGAAAGGAACGACUAUCGCGAAGCCCUAUCUAAAGUACAGCAGCAACACGAGGAAGCGGUAAAGGAAAUCAAUCAUGCGAUGGUGCUACGUAUGAAAGCUAGCAAAGAUAUGAAACGAUUGACAGAAGAAAGAAACGCUGCUUUACAAGAAUACAGUUUGAUUAUGGGUGAACGAGAUACGGUGCAUAAGGAAAUGGAAAAACUUGGAGACGAUCUCACACAAGCGUACACAAAAAUCACACAUAUAGAAAACCAGAAUAAACAACUUAUGGACGAGAAAAAAGCUUUAUCCUAUCAAAUUGAAACUUUACGAAGAGAAAUUUCAUCCGCCUUGCUAGAUCGGGACGAAGCUUUGAAACAGUGUAACGAGCUACGUCAGAAGUUCGGUGAUUAUUCCGAAGGGUCCAACAGAGAUUACAAAAAUCGUAUGGAAUUACAUUCUUAUAAUCGCGAACGGGAUAAUUCGAACAAAGAAGCGGAAAGGGAAAAUAACGCGGUAGAUUACGCGAAACGGGACAAAGAGCGUAUGGAUAACUUGGAUCAAGCGAACUUGGAGUUGGAUAAACUCCGAAAAUCCGUAGAUAAAUUACAAACGGAACUCGAAGAAGCUCUCCAAGAAGCGGAAGUGUCGAAACGAAGAAGAGAUUGGGCUUUCAGUGAACGAGAUAAGAUAGUCUUAGAGAGAGAAAGUAUUCGAACUUUGUGUGAUAGAUUAAGAAAAGAACGGGAUCGUGCGGUAUCGGAUUUAGCGGGUGCUUUACGUGAUUCCGACGACAUUAAAAAGCAACGAAAUGAAGCAUCGAAAGAAUUGAAGGAUCUCAAGGAAAAGAUAGAAUCCGGCGAUCAUGGGUUACGGGCAAGUCAAUUCGUGCAAGGGUUAACGCACGCUCACGAUUCCGCUAUCGAUACCGAUGCGAACGAUUGGGAAAUUCUUACUGUUCACUUCGAUCUAGGCCGGCUCUGUCUGGAUUCGGACCGUGACUUGGGACUAACGUUGGUCGGAGGUCGCGACAAUCCAUAUUAUCCGAACGAUACAGGGAUUUACGUUGCCCAAGUUACAUCGGGUAGCGCCGUCGACGGCAAGUUGAGAGUUAACGAUUGCAUCAUGCGAGUAAAUAACGUUGAUUGUACAUCUGUUUCUACGCGUCUAAUCAUGGAAACGUUGCGUACCUGCUCGGUGGGGUCAGCUACGCUAACGAUAAGACGACGACGCGUAACUAGAAGAUCGUUAAGGACAACGCAAUUACCCGUCGGCUCGGUUCCUCAUGGAAUUUUGUUGGAACUCGGAGUGUAUAUCUCAAAGAUAUCUCCCGGUAGUUUAGCUGCCAAGGAUGGUAACCUUGCCGUUGGAGAUAGAGUUUUAAAUAUAAAUAGCAAAGCAAUGGAAGGUAUCAAUUCGAGUCACGAAGCGAUGGUAAUUUUAAAUGACACGAGUACGGAUGUGUUAACUAUAACGACCUUGAAAGGAAUACCGUUGCCUUCCGCGACUAGUUCCGAAACCAUGACCAUCGAUGGUAGUUUUGGCACGGAGAAACAAAAAAUGGUAAACAGUUGUUCGCAAACGGAGCAAGAAAGAUUGAUGUUGAAAGCUGCUUCGGACGAUUCCGAAAGGCGAUAUCUUGCCUCGAAUUUUGGUGAUAGAAGCGUUUACAAAGAAUCAAAGUCGAUUAGCAGCGAUAAACCGAGCGGUAUUAGCAAUGCUUGGGAUAAUAUACUAGAGAAGAUCGAUAUAGUACGAGGACGUAAGCACAGCAAGGAUCGAGAAGAAAAGAAGAAACGGCACCGUAACUCGAGUCCAAACACUUUCGAGCAAGAACAAGAUGCGAUUGCGGAAUUAGAUUCGGUGAUAGAGAGUUAUCACAAGAAAGCGAAUAACGGAGUACUGAAACGAAGUAAGCGACGCGGAACCGAGAAAGUUGAGAAAAAUGGAGGUACGUGGCCGAAAGCCAAAGGCGGGCCUCUGAUCCAAAACGGUACCGGUACUAUUUUACAUCCGCAUAAAAUGAAAGAGAGGUUGCCUUUAAGCGUGCUCCUUAAUCAACCGCCCAAGUAUAUAGAGAGUCAUAAUAAUCGUAUUUCUAAUCCUAUUCCCUUAACAAAUUUUUCGAAUGUCAACAAUCGGCAUACAGUUUAUAAGUCAAUCGAAAAACCAUUACCAAAUUUCCUUAAGACUGGACAGUUAUUUAGUCAGAAAUCUUUUACUCCAGUGGUGCAGUUCAAAGAUAUCCCGAUAGAUAAGAAACCGACAAGCGAAUUCGAGAACACGGAAAGUAGACUCGGUUCUACGUUAACACCGUCCGAAACUAGUAUCGACUUUUCCGUAAAGUCGGCUAAUACGGGGAAAGAUGUAGAAUAUUUCUCGAAGAAGAGGGCGCAAAAGUAUAUCCCUAGCAACGAGAACCAAGUAGAAACAUUACAGCAUAAUAGAGCGCAAUCUCAACUUUAUUCCGGGGCCGGAUCGUCAACUUCGUCGACCAGCGGCACGAGGCAGCAGUUAACUGGUAAUUUUUCAUUUCCUCCCUAUACGCAUUCGCAUCCGCAUCCCCAUCAACAGAACUCUUUACCUUCGAGAUACCCUUCCCCGCCGUCUUUGCCGUCUGCACAAUCUGGGGAGUCGAUAGGACUUCCCGAUGCACGAUCUUACUGUUUCGAACCUUCGUAUAGCCCCGGCCCGCAAACAGGAUUCGGGCAUUUGCACACACCCUCCGUAGAUUUGCAUUAUCACAAAUCUCGCGCUCCACCGAUCGCAACCGCAUACGACGUACCGGCCUACACGCAUGGCUACGAAGGUGGAACGUUCCCUAGAAAAAAGGAAAAUCAACGUUUUCGAAUACCGUCAAAUCCUAGUGUUACGUCGAAAAGCAGCGUGGGUAAAUUGUCCACCGGCAGUAUAGAAAGGACUUCGGAAAGAGGCAGCCCGAUGCCAACAUUCCACGUGGAAGUGCUUAGCCCGGGUACCGGAGCCGGAACUAGCUCCGGUGGAACUGUCAGAGGAAGCGGCACCACCAAUAAACGGUCCAGCAUGCCAGAUUAUUGUUACUCCCAACAUAGGCCGGCACCCGGAGAACUUCGCAGAGUUCACAUAGACAAAUCGGUCGAGCCCCUAGGUAUACAGAUUUCUUGCUUGGAGAGCGGUGGUGUAUUCGUUUCGACUGUCAGCGAACACAGUUUAGCCUCUCAAGUUGGUUUGCAAAUCGGCGAUCAGUUGCUCGAAGUUUGCGGCAUCAACAUGAGAAGCGCUACUUAUCAACUUGCCGCCAACGUGUUGCGUCAGUGCGGUAAUUCCAUUACGAUGCUGGUGCAGUAUAGUCCAGACAAAUACAACGAAUUAGAAGGAACCGCUUCCUCGAGUUCGUCGGAUGCUGGUGGCGCCGAGGGUGGUAGUCGUAGCGGAUCGCCAACACCUUGCAAUAGUCCCGAAGCUUCUAGAAAACCAACCAUCGAGCCGUUGGAGAGCUCCGAACCAGAACGCGAUGCUUCGACUAACUUGAGUACAACGCGUGAUACUUCGAAUACCUUGAACAUUAUGCGCGAGACAAAGAAUACCUUGGAACCUCCUCGUACGAUUCGAGAACGAGAUAUAAGAAACUCGGCUUCUUUGGAAAUACGAGGCACGCAAGAGAGAGAACGGGAAAUCAGAGCAUCGGCGUCGUUGGAUAUCAAUAUUAGGAAGCCUGAACUUCGUAGUUCAGCCACUUUGGACGGUAUGCGUAAUUCGGCAACUCUCGAUACCUUGCGCGUUACCGCAAACACUCUGACACGCGCCCAGCUCAAUCAAGCAGCGACCACGUUGCAACGACAAAAUGCUACCGUAAGAAGUCCAACGCAAGAGGAUCAAAGUCGUAAGAGUCCACCGCCGAGCGAGCCGAGGUAUCUGUUCAUCGAGACCAGAAAGUGCUCGAAUCUAGGCAUUUCGCUCGUGGGUGGUAACGGGGUCGGAAUAUUCGUACAUUCGGUGCAACCAGGUUGCCUUGCGGAAGAGGCAGGGCUCCGGACCGGUGAUCGUAUUCUAGAGUACAACGGUGUAGAUCUCCGACAGGCGACCGCGGAACAAGCAGCUUUGGAAUUGGCUAGGCCAGCGGAUAAAGUGACGCUGAUCGCUCAAUACGUACCCGAAAGGUAUAACGAAGUGAAAGAUAAACCAGGAGACAGUUUUUACGUGAAAGCAAUGUUCGAUCGGGUAGGCGAAGUAGGAGACAGCCUACAACUUAGGUUUAACAAGGAUGAUAUUUUAUACGUCGACAAUACCAUGUUCAAUGGUACUCCGGGUCAUUGGAGGGCUUGGAUAGUCGAUCAUACCGGCAGAAGACAAACCUGCGGAAUAAUUCCGAGCAAAUUCAAAGUCGAAGAAGAGUUGCUUUUACGGCGUUCAUUGGGCGAUUUGGAAACAGAUACGACUAGACGAGGUAGUACCAGUGCCAGAAGAAGCUUUUUCCGUCGAAAGAAACAUCAACGCUCUUCUAGCAGGGACAGUAAAGAGUUAUCGCAUCUAACUGGAGUAAAUUUGGGUUGGUAUAGCGACAGUGGAACGUUAAACGAGGAAACUCUGCCAGCCAGCUACCAACGUGUCGAAAGAUUGGAUUAUCCAGCUUUAAGACCGGUGCUAAUUAUUGGACCGUUAAGCGAAUGCGUGGUGACGAAACUCUUACAAGAAUUUCCAGGACAGUUCACUAGGUGUCUCGCAGAAGCUAUGCAUUGUUCUCAAUCGACGCUUGAGCAAGGUUUACGUGACGCGCUUUACGUAGACUACAGAAAAAAAGGAAGCUAUUUCGAGUGUACUACAGUACAAGCUGUGAAGGACAUCUGUGAGAAGAAUACUCAUUGCAUUUUGGAUGUAUCGAUUGCAUCGAUUGAGCGACUCCAUCGGCAUCAGAUCUAUCCUAUAGUGUUGUUGAUUAAAUUCAAGAGUACCAAACAAAUCAAGGAAGUAAAAGAUUCGAGGUAUCCAAGCGACAAAGUUAGCGCUAAGGUUGCGAAAGAAAUGUACGAACAAGCACUGAAAUUCGAAGCCGAGUAUAGGCAUUAUAUUUCUGCUGUAAUUCCAGCCGGAGUAAAUGUAGCGUACAUAUGUACACAAGUCAAGUCCGCGGUAGACGAAGAGCAAAGCAAAGCGCUGUGGGUUCCUAGAGGACCUCCCUGACAUUUAAGGGGGGGUCCCCACAAACCGCAGUGGAAAUCAAUCUAAAUUCCACCAGGGGGCCCUUACGUCGUACGAUUACACAAACUUGUUACAAAUUUAUUUAUUUAUGGUCUCCUAUUUGCUCAGACGUUAUACAAGAAUUUCAAUUUUUCUAUUUAUGGACUCGUUACAACGGUUGUUUUUCAAUUUAUUUUCACUCGUUUAGGUUGUGAUGUAAUACCGUUAAGGUUGCAAUGUUUUUGUUUGUUUUAUAGAUUCUAGCACGUCACACUUUGGGCGAGGUAAGCUACAUUUUUUUUUAUUUAUAUCGAUUAUAUCGAUAUCGUUUUCGAAUAAUUUUAUUCAACGAAUACUUUCAUUUUAAUUAUAAUCGUCAUUUUCUACAAUCGAUAUUUCCGAAAACAUGCAUAUUCGUAUCGAAAGUUUCGUAUGUAUUCAAAUAUAUUUCUCGUUCCUCGUAAUACAAUAUUACAAUAUUACAGAGGUUAGACACCGGAUAAUCAAUUUUGUAUCAAUUUCAUAUUACAUUUUGCAUCUUCUUUUCCUGCGAGAAUAAGAUAAUAUUAAUGUAUUAUCUUUUAGUAUUUAUUCAAUUUUCACGAAAGAUCUCCGCAACUCGGAGUAAUUUGAAUGUUUCCCAAAUUUGUUGAUUAAUAAACGAAAGCCUGUGAGAACAAUGAUUACUCGUACUGGAAGAAACGAAAAUAAUUCGCUGCUUUGUCAUUUUGCUUCGGAUCUUGAUCGAUCGUAAUUUUUCGGUACAGAAUGCAUUGUCGUAGAAACGUGAUCUACGGUAAUUGGUGCGAGACCAUAAAUGAAUCGGUGUAGCAAAUGCAAAUAUUUGUCGUAUCGUGGCCCGCUAAAUAAAUAAUUGAUGGACGAAUAGAAAGUUUAUUAGUUAGCGAAUAAGUGAUUUCGACAGCCGUGGCUGGCUGGUGUUAUUAACCCCUCAGAUCAUUUCAUUGUACAGAAUAAUUUUGCGUGAUUAGUAUUACUGUACAGAGGAUGUAAUAUUACAUAUAUGAAGAGAAGUUACUUAUUUGUAUAUAAUUUACUUAAAAAACUUAUGGAUUAUAUGCAUAUUAAUUUUUAAUUUACACGAGCUGUUUAGAUUUAAGUUGUACUAUUUAGUCAUAUUAUUUCAUAAAACUGUUUAUACAUAAUCCAUUCGUUCGAAGUGAAAUGAAAACUAUUGAUUUGAGGGGUUAAGGUACUUAAUGUUGUUUUAGAUCGAGGAUCUGAUAAACGUAAAGAUGAAGAUGAAGGAAUACGGAAUUGAUCAACGACGGUUCGUUUUAACCGUCGAAUGUGUACAUACAUAUCUAAAAUUACAAAAUAAUAAAUAAGCAGAAGAUGUCAGCGACACAAACUAACUUGUUAUUAUACGCUCGUAUUACUGCUUUUUUACCUCUAAGAUUCAAAUUGUUUUAUAAAUUUACACUACGAUGGUGUUUUUAAAACGAGCUUAAGACGCUUUGUAAGGUGGAGUCAGUGUAUUUUCGAGGAAAUGUAUUUAAAACGCGAAUACGUACCGUUACGUAUCUACAUUCAAUAUUCAACGGAUCGUUUGCAAUACGUGAUCGUUUUAAUACGCGUUUUCACAUAGAUUCUUACGAUACGUUUUACUUUUACAACCUUCGAAAUUACGUUUCAAUCGUUUUACUCUUUCUUGUGCAAUCUUUCGACCAUCACGAGAUGAUAAAUCUUUAGUUUUUUUUUCUUGUUCCGUAACUGGAUGUAGAUACAUAUUUCGUAAAUUAUUGUCGGACAAAAAAAGGCACAUUUAAUGUACCAAGGGACAGAUAACGUAAAACUUUAUUUACAAUGCUUCGAUACUUAAAUAUACAAUUUUGUUUUCUUCUUUCUUCCUUUCUCUGUUUUUUAUACAAUGCCUUUCUGACUUUAAACGAGAUUUGCCGUUCUUAUAGAACGGUUGGCUAUCGAAUAUCACGUUUCGAACAGUCGUAUUUCAUUGUUUACAAUUGGGCAAUUGUCGUAGUUUACGUAAAAAUGUGCAAGUGUCACGGACAGAAAGUAUUUGUUUGGAACUGUACACGAAGAAAGUGUGAAGCAAGAGUGAAGAACAAAAUAAUGAUACUUGUUUCUGUGAUGCAUAUACUAAAUUGGAACGAUACGAAGAAGUAACUGUACACCAGAGUUUCUGUAUUUAAAAGUCGACAUUAUAUUUUCACUCCAACGACUCGACGGACACAGAGAGUAACGUGUCAGCAAUUGUCGACUUUUCAUUGUUCAUAUCGAUAUAAUACGUAAUAAUACGGGCUCUGCAUAUAUCUAUUUUCGAAAGCAAGUUAUCGAUUUUAAUAUCAUCCUUAUAUGCCUGCCCUUAUCACUCUCGAUAUUCUAUCACUGUUAAGUUGGUUUGGUUUUCUAACCGUAUCGUUCGAAUAAAUUCCAGAAAUAAGUCUGCCAAAGCUGAAACUGAGCUUCCCCUAUUAUUUAUUAACUGGUUAAUCGUCGAUUAAUCGUUUACUUUACGCGACUCAAAUUGUAUAUAUUUCAAAGAUCUUUAUAAACUUUUAGUCUUCCUACUAAAGUCGUGCUCAAGUUUUUUUUAUUCAGUAAUACCCCAUCAUUUGUCAAUUGAUGCAAUCAAUGAAUCAUACUAAUCUUCUCCGUAUUAUAUCAAUUUCAGUGCAUCCAUCACCAAAGCAGGCGGAACAUUUUUGUUCUUUGCUCUUGCGUGUCUUUGCUUCUUUGUAACACGAAAAUUUAGUUUUCUAACGAGACAAUAUUUAGGCGUAAGUUACAAGCGAGACCAAAAAUUAAAGGGAUACUAUGCUAAUUCAUAAGAAUUUACGAUUAAAUUUCGUCGUAUCUUUAGCGUCGACACGCUUAAAACAAAGUUGUAGAUGUAUACUUUUUGAUAUACAGCGAAAUCAUCGGUACGAAUUUCGCGACAGAACAGGCUCGAAAUGGAAAGAGAGUACGUGAAAGGUGCCGAGUACACUUGGCGAUUGGUUAACAAGGAAUUAUUGUGUUUCGUACCCAGGCUAGAUCUAGAUAGUUGUAAAGGCGAUUGCGGACAAUCUAGAAAUUAAAAAUAGGAAUUUACUAAUGAAUUAAUAUAACGAAAUAUUUUCGGGAAAAGAUAUUUCAUUCUUAUUCUUUUAACAAAUAAGAAAGAUACGAGUAAUAUAUGUAUACACGCCUAUGUGAAUCUUGGACGUUAUACAUACACGCGUACGAUAAAAUUACGCGAAGGUGUUACUCACGCCAACAUCGUUAAAUAUUUUAUACGUAACGAUAUCGUAAUCAUCAUUAAUUUCUUUUUCACAAUUUUCCGUCGAAAAAACAGAUUUAAAUGCAUACUUAUACAUUGGCUCACCUUACAUAGACGCAAAAUGUAUAACGCGUAAGAUUCACUGAUAAGGGAUUAAAGGUGCGUCCCUUAUAUUUUCACAUCCAGUUUUAACGUACUAUCGAAAAUGAAAAACUGUUGAACUGACACCUGAAUUAAAACACGGUUUUUGCAAGAUGUAAGAAAGAAAAUUAUGAUAGGUCGAGAGCGAAGCGAAACUGAAACAAAGACAGAAACAAUUGUUGAAAAAGGUGAAAGACAAAAAUAACUUUUAAUCACGGUACUGUGAUACAUGCAAUAUUACUGUUUCUAUGACAUAUCAGUUUCAUACUCGUUCUACAUUACUAUUAGACAUACAUGUAUCGCUACGAAAUUCAUAUUUUGGACAGUAUUUAUAUAUGUAUAUGAACGAUACAUAUAUAUUUAACUAUGCACUUUAAAUAUUUUUCAUAAGCACCAUGGUUCCGAAUCACUCGAUACCUACAUAUAUGUAUGCAUACAUAUACAUAUACAUAAUAUGCGUAAACAUCAAAAGAUGUGCAAUACUCGUAAUUAUUUGCAAUUACAGUGAAACGUUCGAGUGGACAUGACAUGACUUGAGCAAAAAUAAAUCCGACGAUACACUUGGUUACGACUAUUCGUAUGUUCCUACCGUCAUUACAUUCAACUAUUCCAUUGGAAAUUAGCGAUACGCUGAUGCAAGUUCCAUUAGAAAAACGUCGGGUUUGAUUGUAUCGAUCUUAAGUGACCAAUAAAUGUCGCAAGUUCUGUUCAUUCGAAUUGCAAAAAUAUUAAAAAACGAAUCACACCAAGUGGUGCACUCACGAUCAGUUAGGUGGACCGAUGAUUUAGUAAAUCGGCAUUGUUUACUAACGAUCAUUGAAGCGUAUAUGGUGAUAUAUUACGUAGACACGAAGCAAAGACCAGUGAUCGUGUUCGAACAAUAAGCUGAUGGCGAUUUAUUCGAAUAACGGUCACCACUAGUCUUCAAUAGUAUUCUUUUAUUUUCUAUAACGAGUUUUUCUUGGGCAGUAUCACACUUGUGUGCUCCUCCCAAAAUUCAAUUGUCUUAACGGUACCGUUGUAUUUCACAGUAUAUACAUAUACAUAUACAUAUACAUAUACAUAUACAUAUACAUAUACAUAUACAUAUAUCGAUAUCAUCAAUAUUUUCCAUACUUUCCCAUUGUUUGUAUUUACGUCGUUGAACGUUGCUCGACUACGCACUGUCCGGGUACGAGAAGAGUGUCAUAGACUCCGCUCGUGGAAUGCACCACAGCGACCAUUUAAAAAUCAGCCGAGUAUCCGGUCCGCUUGCAAAGUAGCGUUUGCGUAUGCGUGAUUAGCUAGUUGUGUACUAAUUUUCUUUCUACAAAUAAAUUUGAUUAAUAAAUUUAUUUUGGACAAAUUAAUGCGAUAACGAUAAGACACGUCUGUGAGACAAGACGGUACGGUACGUAUGUACAUACACGGUACGUACGGUCAGCAAUCGAUCGGAUCGACUAAUUUUAAUAAGAGGCGCGCGACUAGAGUGUCACGCAGAAUACAAUUGAUUAAAUUUGUUGCGAAGUCUAUCGCACUCUUCUCGCGAUAGCUUCGUAUUCAUAUUCUUCAUAGACACGCGGCUACGUUUCAAUUUCCGUCGCUUUCCAAAAUAACCACUUUUAAUUAAUCCGCAUUAAUCGGGCAUACAGGGGGGUCUUACUCGCAUCUCCUUAUCGGGGGUGUAUCGUUGUCCAAUCUGGCAGUUUUACCUCGUCGACUGUGAAUUCUAAAAUGUUCUAUCCAUUAAGCAAAAUCUUGUAUAUCGCGCAUAGACGCAGACGUAUCGAUUUUUCAGCUAAAGACAAAUGAAAUUCAGAUUCGAGUAGAGAUCGCGCGAAAAGUUACUUAAUAUAUAAGGACGCGAAAUUACCGUUAUACUUAUUGUUAGUUUCUUUCUGUUUUCGCAAUACAUACCUAGACUCGCUAAUGUAGCAUCGAUCGUCGAUCAUCAAUAUUUUCUUAUUGCUUUCAACUAUCUUGCCAAAAAUGAAAUUAAUGAAACGUUUACUAAUUAUUCGUACGACUAACAAGCAGGAAUUGUACUCGAUAGAUUGUUGAAAUGUCUAUUUACAAGUAAACAAGAUCAAUCAUUUUUAACCCGAAUCUAUACGGUUCUAUCCUACGUUUGUAAACGCAUUCACUGACAUAUAUGUACAUUUAUUUGUCUUCCUUUCGUAUUAUCAUUGUUCAGCGACGGAUAAAUAUUCGUAAUGUACGAAAUGUUUGUGAAAUGUACUCGAGGAAUCCGUAAAAUUGUUUAUUAUGGUGGGAAAAUCGUUUUGUAAAAAUGGUUGUUUAUAAGCAGAUGUUUAAGUUAGACGAUAUGUUGAAUUGUAAGUGAUUUUUUUUUGUUUUUUUUUUUUGUUAUAUGUACAAUGUUACAUUAAUGUAAUAUUACUUUAAUGAUUCUGGACGAUGUUUAAUAAUAUUAUGAUAAUACAAUAUAAUGCCGUCUUCUAUAAAUCUAUUGUACAUACGUAUGUAGCAUAUUUAUGGGUAAUGUAUUAUCUAUUGUAUAAAGAAAAUUUCGUAUUGUUUAAGCGAGCCUUGAAAAUUAUUGAUAAUUUCGAUUGGCAACAAAGGUUGCAGAAAAUUCCGGAAAUGGGGACAUCGAGUGACUGUUCGUAUACGUACACUUUUACACGGAGUGUCUUUCUUAAGUUAUUAUAUGAUUUCGUAGAGUAUUUAUUACUUGUGGUUAAAACCUCACGUAAUUGGCAAUAAACUUGGUCGUUUAUUCGUAGAACACGUGUUUUCUUGUUUUCUCAGCGAUUGUCCAGUAUAGUAUUAUACGUACGUGUAGUGCUCGAUACUUUCUUUGUACGUAAAACGUAAAACAUAACGACUCUGCCUGUUUUCACUUUGUUUCUACUCGUUCUAACGAUAUUUUUCACUUGCUCUUAUAACGUAUUGUACGAGUAAAAAGCAUUAGUAACGGAGACAAAUUCUUCAACGAUGAAAAUGUAUAAAAACGACGAAAGGUAUUUUUUGUUAGGCGCACCUUCUUCAAAUAAAAUAUUAGUAUAAUAUUUUAUUUGAAUAUUUUUAUUGAAUACGAUAAAAUUCCAUUUUAUUACUAAUCACGAAGGUUGUAAUUAAAACGUCCAUUACUUGGUGUUACAAAAACACCAAUAAUAAAAAUAAUAAUGUAAUGUAUAUUUGUAUAAAUGCUGCAAGUUUCGUUUCAAUAUGAUUUCUCAUUCGAUUUUUCCCACCAGUGUCUAUAAUUGUUUACAGUGAAUGCGUGAAAUAAAAAUAUCGCAAACAAUAUUUUUAUCGCGCUUGAUAACCAAUAAUAUACAUACAUUGUAGUACACACAUUUCUCUUACAAAAUAUUUGUCCGUUAUCGCGAGUAAAGAGACAAGGUAUUUUAGAAUCUGUGAUUAAUACGUCGACGCGUAUAAAAAGCGAGAAAUUUGUGAUCGUACCAAGGUGCAAAUAUUUUUUAUACGAAUUUGGUGUACACGCUCAAACGGUAGUCGUUCGCGUUUAAUGUUCGACGAAACAAAUUAGUAGUAGAAUUACAUCGUUUAGACGUUUUUCGAAUAGCUAAAUUUUCUGCGAAUCUAACACGUUUUAUACAAUUUUAACAUUAAUUACACUAAAAACUGACCAGGAAUGCACUACGAAAAGAAAGCGAUCUCAACUGGAACACUUUACAGUCCAUGUAAACAAGUUAAAUUCGAUCAGCCGAUACAAAUCUGUCAAAUUUUUUUAGAAUUGGAAACCUAGGAAAUCGUCAUUCGUCGUUAUAAUUCGUAUCGCAAAUUUCAGUUACACUGUGGUUGAACCAAUAAUACAGUGUCGAUAAAUAAUUGAUGUAAUACAGAAAAUGUAGCUUAUUAAGAAAUAGAUAUGUAGGUAGAUACGUUCACUUUGAUAGUUGACGGUAUAUCUGUUUUUCGUUAAAAAUUUACGACAUACAAUGGAAAACACAGUGUAUACUUAUUUCCACCCGUUCUUUUGCGAUGGUUUCGAUGCCAAAUGUUGUAGUUUGUAAUUUAUAAAUAUAUACUUAUCCUAUUUAUAAGUUUUUUUCUUUAUACAUAUACAUAUACGGGUGUACAUUGCA